AUGGUGAACCCCACCGUGUUCUUCGACAUCGCCGUCGAGGGCGAGCCCUUGGGCCGCGUGUCCUUCGAGCUGUUUGCAGACAAAGUUCCAAAGACAGCAGAACACGUCCGUGCUCUGAGCACUGGGGAGAGAGGGUUUGGUUAUAGAGGUUCCCGCUUUCACAGAAUUAUCCCGGGAUUUAUGUGCCAGAGUGGUGACUUCACACGCCAUAACGGCACCGGCGGCAAGUCCAUCUAUGGGGACAAAUUUGAGGAUGAGAACUUUGUCCUGAAACAUACAGGCCCUGGCAUCCUGUCCAUGGCAAAUUCUGGGCCUAACACAAAUGGUCCCCAGUUUCUCACCUGCGCUGCCAAGACUGAGUGGUGGGAUGGCAAGCAUGUGGUCUUCGGCCAGGUGACAGAGGCAUGGAUAGUGUGA